AUGUUGAAAUACAUAAAAUUCAGAGAAGACCAGACACCGUCGAAACUCCAUCCCCGCAAGCCUUCGUCGUCAUUCUUCCAUGCGAGCAGAAGCCUCCAAGUUCGCCCAGAUGUAGUGGUACACUCUACUGAUAUUUAUAAGCAAGAAAAUAAACAUGGUUCCAAAAGAGAUAUCUAUUACAUGCACCCAGCUGUAUUUUCAGACCAGUCAGUUGUAGACUGGGCAAUCAAUGACAUAUGCAUCCUUAUGCGCUGCAGUAGACACAAUUUAAAUGCGGUGUCUGUUGGAAAUGGGUUGGUGAUGGGAUGGCUUAGAUUCUCAGAAUCUCAAAAGAUACUUGAUUGCAUAAAUAGGCUAAUCACUGCUCACCCAAUUCCUAUUCACGUUGAAGAAGUUAAAGAUGUAGUUAGUGUUGCCCAAUACAUUCUUGUUGUGGAGAAAGAAUCAGUGUUCCAACGAAUGGCAAAUGACCAAUUCUGCAGCAAAAACCGUUGCAUUGUUAUCACAGGUCGAGGUUAUCCUGAUAUUCCUACGAGAAGGUUUUUGCGUCUGCUUAUUGAUACUCUGCAUCUCCCGGCAUAUUUCUUGGUGACUGAAACCAAUAUCUAUUCUGCUGCUGAGCCUCUGUUCAGAUUGAUAAUGGGAUUUUCAAUGUUGAAUUUGGAUGUGCUGCCUGGUCUUGCUCCUUUUGAGCUUUAA